AGCCCAGCGCAGUGGGCCAGCUCAAGCAGCCAGGCGUGGCUGGAGGGCCCAGAGCCUCCGCUCCAGGCUGGCCCCGGGCCACAGCCCAGCAGCACACGCUGGACCCUGGGCACGCACCCGUGCCAGACGCGCCUUACUUCUCCUCGACCCCAUGGCUUCCUGGUCCUCCUGGCCCUGCAGCCGGGUCCACCCAGCCCUCCGGGCAGCCCGAGGCUCCCACUCUGCCCCGGCAGCUCAGAAACCACAAUGUCUGGGGACCUUCCAAACCCCGGACCCCUGACUGCCGCCUCCCUGAGCUAGGGCCCCAGAUAUGGAGCAGGCUGGCCUGGGGAGACCCACGAAACAUGGAUCCUCGGAGAGCCGCUCGGUCCCCAGACCUCAGGACGCCCCUCUCCCUCCUGGAGCUGGCUCUGAGCCUCACGUGGACGGCCGCACCCCCAGUCAGCUCUCCACAUGGCAGCCACGACGGUCCCCAAGCGUGCACUCGGGCCUCCCCUGCCAAGAGCCCUCCUGCGCCCCCAACUCCACCAGCGUCAAAUCGGACCCCUUCCCAGGGCGUCCCACCCGGCGCCCACUCGCUCGGGGCCCUGGCCACAUCCCCUUCACCGGUGGUCCAUCACAUGGAGCCCCCCCCCUCGGAAGCCCCUUUCCCAUUCCUCCAGGGACAGCACCUCCUCCCCCCCGGUCUCAGCUCAAAUCGCCUUCACGCAGGGGGACCCAUGCACCGGCCGUUCUUCCUGCGCAGGCUCGGCGGGGAGGGUCAGGAAGCAGGCCCCCAGCGCCACUACCGGUGCUGUCCUGGGCAGUCCACUCAGCCUCGGUUUCCCUGCCUGUGAAGUGUGGACGCCCCUAACACCCCUCGGAAGGGUUGGGUUGAGCAGUAAAUGAGUUAAUAAAUAAGAUGCUUAGAACAGCGAUCGGCUCCGCAGAAGAAG